UGCCUUCACCCUGACCACAGGGCUGGACGGUCCCCAAACGCAUCCCCAAACCACUACUGCUGAGGAUAGCUGGACCAGCCACCGACUCCCCGCUGAGCCGCUGUGGGUACCACGUGGAUUCAAGUCAGUAGGCAGAGGAAGGCCCAGCCAGAGCCCAUCCUGCAUGUGAGGGCGAGGGUGGCGCCAGCGCCUCACCAGCUGCUUCCGGCAGCUGAUGCCCCUCACUCAGCACCCUUCCUGGCCCCAGAACGAUGGCCAACAGGACCACGCGGAUGGAUCUCGAAGACAGGACUGAGGCUCCAGGGGUCCAGCCGACGCCUGCGCUGACUCCCACCAGUGCGAGGGCUGAUGCCGAGUCCACCGCAUCAGCACUCGGCCAGGCAGACUCCCUGGAUGCCACAGAAAUGGACACUGGGAAGAAGCUUUUGUCAACUCUAGGAGAGCCAGAAAGGGGGCCCCAACACACAGAAACCUCCAAGGAAGGGUGCUCAGAGCUCAAGACUCAAGACCAGUGGCCUCGAGAAAGACCAAGGCCCCGGGCGAUCCCGGAAGAACUGCAGCAGCCAGGGACAGAGCCCGAGGGCCAGCGGGCAAGACUGCGCAAGCUGGGGACCCAGGAGGAGCAGCCCCUCGAGAGUCGCCAGGACCCAGAGUGUCAGUUACCAGGUCAGCAGGCGGAAAAUGUCUUGGACAUAGGGCAGCUAAGGGAGCCCCACUGCACCCUGGACAGCUGUGUGCAGCCCCUCGGAGAUGACGCCACUGGGGAGGCUGGUGACCCACACAUCAGCCCGCGGGAGGCUCUGCCCAAGCCUGCUGCAGGGGGACACGAGGACAGCUCCCAGGAAGCAAUGUGCCCCUUGCGUAUGGUGAUGGCUGAGGAACACACAGCCACGUCCCUCUUGCUGUUAUCCACACUGGGACUGAAAGGCCCCCAGCAAAGAGUCCUUCCUUCUCCUGGGGUUUCUGCCCUGUGUCAGAGUGAGACUGCCGAGACCCAGCCCGUACCAAGGCCUCUUCCUGCAACAGAGGCAAGGGACAUGAAUGAGAGGAGGGAGCUGGGCCAUCCACAGGAGUCCAAGAGUCCUGGGAAUCCCCGGCGUGGCUUCAUGAAGUGCUUGCUGGAGGCAGAAGAGGAGGAAGCUGUUCAUCGGAGGGCCUGGAAGGCCCGGGCCCUGACAGCCUGCAAGUCUCCUAGGACCCUGAUGCCAUGUCCCACCUCAGUCCGCACCAGCUACUCAGCCCCUAUGACCCUAUCCCAGACCCCCAUUUCAGCAUCUGCCACUACCCCAUUGUGGACCUGGCCCCCUGCCCCCACCCCUGUGGCUGCCCUCCCAGGCCCUGUGCCCAGCCCAGUCCUGUGGGGUCCUGGCCCAGACCUAGGCUGGAGGCGGACAGAGCUGCUGCCCCAGAGCCAUGAGUGGAGCCCAAGCUACACCAGGCCAUGGCAGGAGCCAGAAGAGCACCGCCUCCUCAAGCUGUGUCAGGGCUGGGAGGAGCAGGCCGAGGAGCACCUCACGCUGAAGCAAGAGGAAGGAGAUGGUCACGUGGACUUCAGAGAUUUCCUGGCUGUGAUGACAGACACCAGGCGCUUCUUCUGCUCAGUGGAACAGAAUGUUGUGACAAACAUGGCUGUCCCGAACCCCCACACUCUGCUCUUUGAGAUCCUGUCUGUACUAGUGGAGAUGCUGGCCUUACCUGAGACAGUCUUAGAGGAGCUUACCAGCUACUACCAGAAGAAGCUGAAGGAAGGCACCUGCACAGCCCGAGAGAUGGCACCAGCCUCAGGCCAGCUGCGGCCACGGAAGCAGGUUUCCUACAACCACCAGCAGGCAGACCGUUUGGAAGCCCCAGAACACAGGGUCCUCAGCCUCCUGAGCCGGCUGAAACAGAAUGCUCCCAACCUACAGAGCCCCUAUGCCCAGGCCCCCUGCACCCCUCUCUGCCCUCGGCUGAACAAGAAGAUGGCACGUCGGAAGCAGGGCAGCCACAACAUGCUGGACCAGUGCGCACCAGCUAGCCAGAACCCCAGCACCCGUAGCCUCUUCUUCCAGUCAGGACACCAAGGAAGCAGGGAACACAGCUCUGACGGUGGAAAGUGGCUCAGCGCCCUGCCCACUCGAACCCACUGACCCUCUGGAAUCCAGCAAGGC